CGUCCGCCGCUUUGCCACCAGCGCGCGUCGCCGCGUCCGGUUCUACACGGACCCCGUGGAGGUGGUGAGGGACAUCCGGGACGGCGCGACCGUCAUGUGCGGGGGCUUCGGGCUCUGCGGGAUCCCCGAGAACCUGAUCGCCGCGCUGCUGCAGACGCGCGUGAAGGACCUGACGGUGGUCAGCAGCAACGUGGGCGUGGAGGACUUCGGCCUGGGGCUGCUGCUGGCCGCCAAGCAGGUCCGCCGCGUCGUGUGCUCCUACGUGGGCGAGAACUCGCUGUGCGAGCGCCAGUACCUGGCGGGCGAGCUGGAGCUGGAGCUGACGCCGCAGGGCACCCUGGCCGAGCGCAUCCGCGCGGGCGGCGCCGGCGUGCCCGCCUUCUACACGCCCACGGGCUACGGCACCCUGGUGCAGGAGGGGGGCGCCCCGGUCCGCUACUCCCCGGACGGCCACCUCGCCAUCCUGAGCCAGCCCCGCGAGGUGCGGGAGUUCGGCGGCGAGCACCACCUGCUGGAGCGCGCGCUCCGCGCGGACUUCGCGCUGGUGAAGGGCUGGAAGGCCGACCGCGCGGGGAACGUGGUCUUCCGCCGCAGCGCCCGCAACUUCAACGCGCCCAUGUGCAAGGCCGCCGACGUCACGGCGGUGGAGGUGGAGGAGGUCGUGGACGUGGGGUCCUUCCCGCCGGAAGACGUCCACGUGCCCAGCAUUUACGUCGACCGCGUGAUCCGGGGGCCGCGGUAUGAGAAGAGGAUCGAGCGCCCGGCCGUCCGGACGGAGGAAGGCCCGGGAGCCAAGCGGAAAGACGACCCCAACACGCGGAUCAUCCGACGGGCAGCCCUGGAGUUCGAGGACGGCAUGUUCGCCAACCUGGGCAUCGGCAUCCCCCUGCUGGCCAGCAACUUCAUCGGCCCCGGCAUGACCGUGCACCUCCACAGCGAGAACGGGAUCCUGGGCCUGGGCCCGUUCCCCACCCAGGACGAGGCGGACGCGGACCUCAUCAACGCGGGCAAGCAGCCGGUCACGGUGCUUCCCGGGGGCUGCUGCUUCUCCAGCGACGAGUCCUUCGCCAUGAUCCGCGGGGGCCACCUCCAGCUGACCAUGCUCGGGGCCAUGCAGGUUUCCAGAUACGGCGACCUGGCCAACUGGAUGAUCCCCGGCAAGAAGGUGAAGGGCAUGGGCGGCGCCAUGGACUUGGUGUCCAGCCAGAAGACCAGAGUGGUGGUCACCAUGCGGCACUGCACCAAGGACAACGCCCCCAAAAUCCUGGAGAAGUGCACCAUGCCGCUGACCGGCAAGCGGUGCGUGGACCGCAUCAUCACGGAGAAGGCGGUGUUCGACGUGCACAGGAAGAGGGGGCUGACGCUGAUCGAGCUCUGGCAAGGCUCCACCGUGGACGACGUCCAGCAGAGCACGGGGUGCGCCUUUGCCGUGGCCCCCGACCUCAGGCCCAUGCAGCAGGUGGCGCUCUGACGCCGGAGGCCGGCCUGGA